AUGAAUACUCUUUUGUCGUACGUUGUCGCGGUUGCAGAUGAAUACUAUUUAUUCGAGGUUAACUCUAAGGCCUCCAAUGUCCAAAAAGACACAGAGAGGCAGUACAAACGCCCGGCACUCUUUAACACGAUUUCUCAUGGCUCUCACGUAAGUAAUAAGUGUUAUGAGGGCCUGUAUAUCUUGUUAAACUAUCUUCACCACAUUGUCAACUUCUUAAUAUUCUUAAUACUUGUACAAUAUUUGGGGAUACAAAUGGUCAAUAUUUUUGGCAUCCUGUACUGUUUUCAAGAGAUUGUCAUAUUGGCGCCCGUUUAUGCGAUGUCACGCGUUGCACACGUUUCCCUAACACAGCUGGUUCAGCAGGAUAAAGCACUGAGUUUUGUUGCUUACGCAUGGGCAUACAUAUUGCUUAGUCUUUUCAUGACCCUUUCAGUAGCAUUCUUGUGCACCUUACUUCAAAACACCCUCAUCACUCGCUUGCUUGGGGACUUGGCGCCCUGGUGCAUGCGUGCCUACACGGUCUCCACCUGGAUCAAUGCAACCAUCGUUACCAUAUCGACCUGCAUGCAACACAUUCUCAUGGCCGAGGAGAGAUCAGUCAUCUUGCUAGGGGCACUUGCUGCCAGAGAGUUCACUAAGUUGCUUGUGUUCAUGGUGUCUAUCUUCUACCUGAGCAUGCCGAUGGUCCGCAAGGCCAGCUACUGGACAGGAGAGUUCAAUGAAUCUGUCAAGCUCCCAACCAGUGAGUUCUACCACGAGGGAAUGUUGUAUUCAACUAAACCACACAGUGUGUCAACUGCAACGACCAUCCAGGAGCUUAUUUCGCUACUUAGCCCGCACAACAUUCCACAGGUGAGUAAGGAGUCAUCCAAAUCACUGGUUAUGAGGGUGCAUUUGUACAGCUACCACCUUAGCAUUCUAUUAUCGAGCUGCAUGUUCAUAGUCAUCGCCGCCUGCUUGGUCGCCUGCAGAACACGAGAGAUGGGAUGGGCAAACCACAAGAGGGAUCCUAUUGCCGUCUCGUGCAUUCCAUUUGCCUACGGCCUCCUAGUUCUUCUGACUGACAAGAGAGGCCUUGCAGAGAUCGUGAAGCACUUUCUGGUUUCGUGGAUACCUGUCUACCUGGACCGAAUCAGCAUCUUAGUGCCCCUGCUCACCAUGUGCGUAUUUUCUAGACUACAGAUAAUGGCCACCGAACGCUCUACACUUAAAAUAAUGCAAUUAACGCUUUUCCGCUUUUUGUAUGACACAUUCAACUCGCUAAGCAUCUCCAUUGUGGAUUUGUUUACGGCUGCAAUAGUAAGAGCACACGCUGAACGCGCUUACAAAAAGGAGGUGCUCAUCAAGCGGCACGUCGUGUUCCUGUGCAUUGCAUGUUCUGCAGUGUCCUAUCCAGUAAUGGCUAAAUUGAACGGACUUGUACCUAUUUUCAAGCAAUUUAACUAUAAGUGGCUCACUCAGAUAGAAAAGUUGUGGAUAGAUAGCAUUUAUAAUGACUCUGGCACCUCAAUAGUGCGCUAUGUUAGUAAUCUCUUCAUAGGUGCACAUAUUCUAUUGGUAACACACCUAUUGAUGGACCAAAAGACUAUAAGCAUAUACCUUCUGUCACUCGGUCGCUUUUUCUUCUGCUCUAUGCUCACCUUUUCCGCAAGUAGGAGCCCGAGGUUUAAGUUUUCUCUUAUCCAGGAAUUGGGGGUAUAUAACGUCAUCACGUCACUAAUUAGCGUAUUGGGCUUGGUUUUAAGCUCGUCCAAGUACAACAUUUCAUGA